AUGCCCGCUCACGAAUUCUAUGGAAACACUAAAGCCCUAUCCGGAAAUGAGGAACGAUAUCACUCCGAUCUCCUAAGCAUUCCGGACGAGUUCGUACUUUACCACGAACGGCAUGAAGCCAAACAUCAACAAGCUUACGACCUGCUCGGGGAGAUCGAUGAUGCGGUGAUCGACGCGUUCGAGACGAUCGAUAACAAUGAGCCGGAUGAUGGGGGAAGGAAGGGGGUGAUAGUGCCGUAUGAGGAUGUGGAUCGAGCUGCGACUACGACUCGAAGGUCGAUCUCAACAGGAUUGAGGAGGGUCACCUGUCAGUUAGGGCCGGCAGGAGCCGUUUCCUACCUCAGAAAGACCUACCAGCUGAACCGACAGCCGAAGGACAAGCAGGAGGAUGGAUCGGCUCCAGCUCUAGAUUCUGAUGAAGACAAGGUACAUAGCGAGGGAAGCAGUCGACCGGUGGAAGCCGAGACGGUCCGUGCGCCGAGCGAGAACGGGGUGCCCAUCAGUGAGAGGAAGCAACGGGAGGCCCUCGAAAACAUCGGGGCGUACGUUCGGGCUGCCAAAAAAGAGGGGUCGAUACAUAACGACAAGAUGAGCAAGCUGUUGCAGCUCUUCAAACGUUUCGAACGGGAAGCGGACGAAGGGGGGGCGGAAGGCAAAUGGAAGUGUUUGUUAAUCGUCAAAGACGAUCUUCUCGUCGACACCAUCACCGAGGUCCUGAAAGCCAAUGACCUCCGCGUGGCGAGUAUGACGACCCAGAUUGCAGCUCCUGAUACUACGGAGCGGGUCGCAAAGGCAAGAAGGCUGGCGAUCAAGUUUCAUGAUGCGAGUCACAACGUCAUCGUCGCCCCUGCGAUUGAGGACUGUCAGUGGGAAUUGCCGACCUGUAAUGUCGUACACUACGAGGAUGUUGGUGGGAAAGCAGCGCGAACCAUCCCUUUACAAAAGGAGGGAAAGCUAGAUCACCGGUUCUAUGUCUUCCGUAUGCGGGAGGAGUCGGAAGACAACGAACCCGAGGUCGCUCAUACGCUGGAUCCCAUUCCCUCCAAAGUACAACAAAUCCCACUACGAUCGCAAACAGAUCUCGGGCUGCCUGAAAGAGGUAUCCCGCAGAUCAAAGACAGGCAGGCGGUGACAUAUCAAGGUCCGUUCGGUCGGUCAAUAACAGCGAGUCGCCUUGGAGAGGACAGUGUCGCCGAAGUCAGCAUGGCCAGCAGGAUCAAAGGCCGCAUGACGAUUUCCAACGGCCGCGGUGCGGUUCUCACUGCUACAAAUGCGGCGGGAUUGAUCAAGGAGGUCUGUACAAGGAGAGGCUGUACCACGAGGAUCAUUGAGGAACCUUCUCGACUCCAGGACAAAGCCAAGAAUGCCCUAGCCUUCACACUCAUUACGUCGGGUGCUAAGGAUUCAGGUCCAGGUGCUAUGGGUCUAGGUCCGAUCCUGUCGGAUACUGGCGCGGCAAGAGGUGGCGAUCUAGCCUAUAUCACCUUUGCUGCUGCUCUCUAUAUGGCCGGAUGGCUGGAUGAGCGGUUUGAAAUCGUCGACGUUGAUGCGCCAGCACGCCCGGCUCUCUCGAAUUUGAAAGAUCAACCCGGACCUUCUCUCCAAUCUGUUCGACCCGGAGAUCCUCUUCCGAGCGGUCGGCUGCUACGACCCCUGCCCCGCCGCAGUAACGACGCUGCAAAACCACAAUUCUGGGAGGGAUGUACCUUGUCAGCGGGUGACUAUUUCGCCACGCUAUGCAGGAUCGAGUGCCCAAUCCGUACCGGAGUCGUUGGCAGACGGACAUACAGGACGAUGUGCAUCCUGACAACGAAAGCCUUCUCGUUCCCCAUGGGUCGACCGCUGCCAAAUUGCAAAAACGUCGUCAUAGUCGACGCCGUUCUUGAAGCGCGCGAUGCCAUCAAUCUGGAUCGGGCUCAAGUCAAUACGGCUAUUGUCUACACUCUGAAACUCUUCUCUCUCCCACGACGGCAACAACUUCAACAGCACGCGCUGCCGUAUCUCGUCCUACCAAUGUCGAGCGCCUGGACCAUGUCGGAUGCUUGUGGACGACCUAGGGGUCUCGAUUUGGCGUGGAGUGAGAUUAAAGCAGGCGUCUCAAGCGACAAGCGGAUGGCAGGCCGCUUUGAAUCAAGCGGGGCUCUGGCAAAAGAAGCCGUCUACAUCAUUGGCCGCCAGCACCACGAGGUCUUUGCUAUUCGCCAGGACAUACAGGCUCAAGCUCGGGUUCGAUCGAAGAUGUCUAACGUCAGCGGUCCAGUCUUCGAACUGCGUGAGAUCCCGGACUUUUGGGAUCCUACACGCGGUGUGAUCAUCACCACGACUUGCUACAUCGAUCCCGCGACCGAACCGCUCAGUAGUUUUUCGAAGAGGUUCCUUCCUUUGGGUUGCGGACAUGCCGAUGGAUCUUCAAGAGAGCAUAAACCCCAUUUGCUGGCUGAAAAGUCCAUCGCCGAUAUCGCCGAGGCUCUUGUGGGAGUGGUCGACCGAGUGGGAGAUCCCAAUAUUUUGAUGGAAGUAUGCAGGAGGUUGUUCCCAAGCGCCUUCGGGACUCCCGUAUCCUUUGGGGAUAUCACAGGAAAGAAUCUCCUGCCGUUGGGAUCUUCGGCGAGUGGCCAGGAUGUCGAUCAGUUUGAACGGAUUACAGGCUACCGAUUUGACGAUCGUAGAAUCCUCGGCCUGCUACUUGACUCCCCGGACCCCACCACUACCACCAAGCUGAAUGCGCUGGGCGGGGCCAUCUUCGAGUAUGUGUUGAUGGGGUAUCUUAUUGAGCAGGGUAGUACUCCCAAGCUUUCACCGGGCGAGUUGACGGUAUGGAGGAGGGUCAUGUGGUCAGAUACGUCCUUCGCCGGGCUAUUUGUAACCAGCGGACUCGAUGACCUCUUCUAUACUACCAACGAAACGAGGGAAUUUGCGUCAGAGCUGAAGAAGGCUACGAUAACGCAGACGGAACUCGACCUAGGGUGGACUAAGAUCGAAAGGGUCCCCCGAGUGUCCUAUUACGUUCAUCUCCUGUUCGGUGGAAUCUGGAUUGAUGCUAGUCAGGGCAAGGGCGGAUAUGCGGAAGGGUUUGGGAUGGUAAGAAAGGUUUUUGAAAAUCUCUGCAUCCCAUUCUACACCCGAUUCGUCGGGGCAUACGAUCUGGAUCGUCUGGCGGAAAUUCCUGAUGCGUCUGCGGCGACAAAGCUGAGGGAGAAACUAUCGUGCAAUAAUGUCGAGGCGUCCAUCACUGAGUUGGCCGAUGGCCAGUAUCGUGCGAAAGUCCAAAGUCACUCCCGGAUCCUAGGCAACGGUACCAGUGUAUAUAAGGCUGCUGCAGUGGGUUUUGCUUACCGCGAGGCUCUCAAAUACGCCUCGUCCGAGAUCUGCAACUGCCGUUCUGCUCGACCUGCUCCACCUCCUGAGCUUACUCCAUUAUCGGUCGACAGCCCGGAUGACUAUCAAAUUCUGGAAAGUUGUCCCUUCGACAGCGCGGACGACAUUCAGAUUUUGGAUGGUCCCCCGUUCGAUCAUUCGGAUUACUUUGAAAUUUUGGAUGUUCCUCCGUCCGAUCAUUCGGAUCGGUACGAGAUCGGCAAAGACCCUGGACCGCCACAUGUCGUGCCUGCGACCCGCAAAGCCAGCCCUUCCGAUCUUGAAGACUUUGACGGGCAAGAGCGAAAGAACAAGCAUGUUAGAUAUGAUACGUAACAAGUCAUGUGAUCGAUGUUAUAUGUUUUGCGGGUCAUCGGUCCUGCAGGCCCGGUCGAACAACAGCACGCGCGUAGAUCCCCCGAAAAAUUAUGACCG